AGAUUUGGGUGUACUUACGUAGUAACGUGAAAUGUUCAAGAAUAUAGGAUGAGGUCUAAUAUUAGAAGCGAAUUGUCUUUGAUAAUUUUGCAAGUGUUGUGGAAGUGCCAAAUGAUCUAUGAAAGUUAUAUUUUGAGAAUCAACAGAAAUGACAACACACUGGAAUCUACACACAACACCUUAACCCUAAGGGAACCAUCCACGAAGAGACACAUCAUCCACCUUUCGACGGAAGAACGAAUUAACGCUCGUCCUGUUUGCUUUAUGCAGGUUCUUGAGGUUAUCUCCCCUUUCGAGGAAGAAAUGCUGAGAUGCGCAUGCGCAAAAGGUGUCUCCGUCGAAAAAAAUGAGCAGAAUGCAGUUCUGCCCAGUGAGGUUAUAUCUCGAAAAUCCUUUACGGAUAUUUGGCUGGACUCAUUUAAUUUAGUAGCGUAGUGUUAUUUAUUUAUAGUUUUUAUUAUUUGAUUAAUUGACAAUAAGUAUUAAGCUCCAUUAGACGCUUCAUAACAAUAUUUAUAUAGCAAUAAGUUAUUGUUUAGUUUAUAAUAGCUUAAGCCAAAAUGUGCCAAAAAAUCUCAGUAUAAGACUUUUGAUACCAAAACUAUAAAUUCCUAGAUUUAAGAGUUAUAUAUUUUAAGACUUACAAUUUUUGUAUACACUAAAUAAAUAAAGUUUUUUUCUACA